CGCACCAUUUCCCUUCUCCUCUCUCCACGACGCAAAUCUCGGUGGAGGUUUCCCCUGCUCGCUGGUCUGCCCCUGCUCGCCGGUCCGCGCCUGCCCUGCUUGCCGGUCCGCGCCCGCCCUGCUCGCCGGUCCACGCCGCCGGGGCUGGCCGAUCUCGCGGGUCCGCGGCGGCGAGGGUGGCCUGGAUCUCGCCAGCGCCGGUGGCUUCGACGGUGGUGGACCAGAGAGGCAGAGCAGAGGCCGGCGGGAGUCCAGGUUGGAGUAGAGGGAGAGAGGGAGACGCGUCCGCGGUGGGGGAGGCGCAAGGCGGCGGCGCUGUGUACCGUUGGCGGUGGGGAGGGGCAAGGGCGGCGGCGCUGUGCUUCAUGUGUGUGUGCGGUGAGAUUUGGGGCUUGGUGGCUCAGACUCUGUUGGAGAAGGGCAGGAUUUGGGUGUGCAUCCUUUUACUGUAAGUGCUGACGGCGAUGGCGGAGGCGACGGAGAGGAGGAAGCGCGCGGCAGUCGUGGUACUGGGCGACAUCGGCCGCAGCCCGCGGAUGCAGUACCACUCCCUCUCGCUCGCUAACCAGGCCAGUAUGGAAGUGGACAUUGUUGCAAAUGGAGGAAGUGAUCCUCACUUGUCAUUGAGAGAGAACCCGUCAAUUCACAUCCACGAGAUGAAAACAGUGCAGUUAACUGGAAUUUCAAAGAUAUCUGGUGCCCUGGCACUUCUACUUAAAGCUGUUGUCCAGUUCAUUUUGCUGGUUUGGUUCCUUUGUUUUAAGAUUCCUCGCCCUGAUGUCUUUGUUGUUCAGAAUCCACCCUCUGUUCCAACACUGGCUGCUGUAAAAUUGGCAAGCUGGCUGAGAGGUGCUAAAUUUAUUGUUGAUUGGCAUAACUUUGGAUAUACAUUGCUGGGGUUAUCGCAUGGUCGAAGUCAUAUUAUUGUCAAAAUUUAUUUCUGGUUUGAGAAGCACUUUGGGCGGAUGGCUGAUGGUGCCUUUUGUGUUACAAAAGCAAUGCAGCAUGAGCUUGCUCAAAAUUGGGGAAUCAGGGCGACAGUUCUUUAUGAUCAAUCUCCUGAUUUUUUCCACCCUGCUUCAUUGAUGGAGAAACAUGGGUUGUUUAGCAGGCUAGGGAAUUCCAUCUGUAGUGCUAUGGGCAAUGCUGAUUGCAUAUCAGUGGAGGAAGUAGGGGAACACAUGAACACUACUGCCUUUACCAGUAACAUUGAUGGUGAAGUUUUCUUGAAGCCUAAUAGACCUGCACUUGUUGUGAGCAGCACAAGCUGGACGCCGGAUGAAGAUUUCAGCAUACUUCUGGAAGCAGCACUGAUGUACGACAGACGCGUCGCUGCAGCUUUAGGUGAAGAUGAUUCAAUGGAUGAGGAGCAACUUUGGAUCGAUAUCAAGAAUGGGAAGCAAUUUGUCUACCCAAGAUUACUGUUCAUCAUUACAGGUAAAGGACCUGAUAGGAAGAAGUAUGAGGAUCAGAUAAAAAGGUUGAAGUUGAGACGUGUUGCCUUGCGGACGAUGUGGCUUGCAUCAGAGGACUACCCUCUAUUGCUCGGGUCAGCUGAUCUAGGAGUGUCGUUGCAUACAUCUUCAUCAGGGCUGGACCUACCAAUGAAGGUGGUUGAUAUGUUUGGAUGUGGAUUGCCUGUUUGUGCUGCUUCAUUUUCCUGCAUUGAGGAGCUUGUAAAAGUAAACAAAAAUGGUCUUCUUUUCUCAACAUCUUCGGAGCUUGCUGAUGAACUUAUGAUGCUCUUUAAGGGGUUUCCAGAAGAAUGCAAUGCCUUGAAAUCCCUCAAAGAAGGUGCCAUGAAGUCAGCAUCAUCUUCAAAAUGGUCAACAGAAUGGGAAACCAAUGCCUUACCUUUGGUGAACCAAGUCAUUGGAUGAGAUGUGUGCUAACACAUAUCAAAUAGAAUUGUUCUAUUCCAGAGAAUCAGAGACAGGUGUGCUAGAGAGACCAGAUGUACAUCAAAAGGGUACGGAUUGCUUUCACCAGCCGCUGCCAAAAUCAGUUGCUAGUUUAUGCCAUGUGCUGAUGUGCGCCACUUCAGCAAAACUUGGGCAAUUUUAUAGAUACGAAGGUCUUUCCUUUUUAGGCUGGGAAACAUACUCUGCUGAACACAUGUAUAAGUUGUUUCAGGAUGUAUACUACUGUAGGCCAGCACUUUGUUUGAUAAUCUGGUCUAUAUUGGAAUAUCUUUAGUGUGUCACAUGACAAAGGAAACAUAGAAAAACCAUAUUGUUUUCCCUGGUGUUGAAGGCCAUCUGAUAAGAUCAUACGCAGACAGGCGUGUAUACAAACAAAAUUGUGCAAGGAACCUUUUUGCUUCCAUCCUGGAAGUUCAGAUCUCUAACACGAUGUCUGUAGAAUUAAAAGGAUAUGUCAGAUACAUGGUCAUAUCUUAUGUUUACUUGCAUAUGCACACCCUGUUACAAAUAUACUCUUGUACCAGAAAUGAACAUACACUGUGAAUCUGUUCUGAUCCAUUUGCCCCCUUCGUCCUCGGCCUGUACCUUGCCUUUCGGAGCCAUCUGGACCACCUGAUCAUCCGUUGUUGCAGCAUCAGGGAAUAGUGGGUUUUCAGGGUGCGCCUUCUUGAGCAGCAAACCCCAGACAAUCUGUCAAACAAGAAAGCCAUGUGUGGUACAGUUUCCCUGAAGCUUGGUCUGGGCCGCCGGAAACCUCCGAAGGCUCUUGUUGCAAGUGCUCUGAACGAUCUUGGCCUACCAAUGCCUCCACUCCUGGAGGUGGAAGAACAGCUCAGGAGCCGCUCCAGCUGCAGGUGAUUUACCCUGCCCAGCUCACCGGCUGUGGCGGUUCUUCUGGCUUCCGCGAGCGAUUUCAGCUCCUGCAGCUUGCUGAGCUCGUCCAGACGCCCACAGCUCUUCACUCUCUUCCCUUCUUCCCUCGUCCCGAACGUCCUGAUCGACAGCAUCGCCGUGGUCCAGCUGUCAUUGAGCUUGUCUGUCUGAGGAAGUCCACCGGAAGCGUCAGCUGCUGCAACACGGGGAGUGUAACUGUGUAAGAGUGUGAGUUUCAGCUAUACAGACACAUGAAAGAAUGCCGUUUCAGGCUUUCGGCUUUCAGCCUAUCACUUACGCCGAGCCAAGCCUGCGCUGAAUUCUGCAGAUCUCCUGCUGCGAGGCGAUCCAUGAAGCUUGGUCUGCAUCCAGUUGAGAACCUGCAUCCGCCACAGCAGCAAGAAUUAAACACCUGCAGUGACAUUCAGCCAUAGCAAGUUCAGACGAAACAGUGACAACGCCUGCGUAGCGUACCCCCAUGGUUACCGGUGCUCUAUUCUCUUGUGUAAGCAGCUCGGACAAAUGUAGGUGGUGAGGUGAAUGAAUGGUCUUGAUAUAUAGCUAGCGCAUGGUCGCAUGAAUGAUGCAAGUGUGUAUAUAUAUAUAAACUUUGGCCAUGUGGUCACAACUGAAGAAAAUCUGGUUAAAGAC